AUGACCUUCUUUUUCAAAAGUUGGAAAAUAUUUCUUUUAAUUAAUCUAUCUCAUUCUGUUCAUAUCUAUCUAUCACGUUCUGUUCAUAUCUAUCUAUCACGUUCUGUUCAUAUCUAUCUCUCUCGUUCUGUUCAUAUCUAUCUAUCACGUUCUGUUCAUAUCUAUCUCUCUCGUUCUGUUCAUAUCUAUCUAUCUCGUUCUGUUCAUAUCUAUCUAUCACGUUCUGUUCAUAUCUAUCUCUCUCGUUCUGUUCAUAUCUAUCUCUCGUUCUGUUCAUAUCUAUCUAUCUCUCGUUCUGUUCAUAUCUAUCUCUCGUUCUGUUCAUAUCUAUCUCUCGUUCUGUUCAUAUCUAUCUCUCGUUCUGUUCAUAUCUAUCUAUCUCUCUCGUUCUGUUCAUAUCUAUCUAUCUCUCACGUUCUGUUCAUAUCUAUCUAUCUCUCACGUUCUGUUCAUAUCUAUCUAUCUCUCACGUUCUGUUCAUAUCUAUCUAUCUCUCACGUUCUGUUCAUAUCUAUCUCUCUUAUUUAUGAUGCUGGGGAUUUUACAUUAUUGUGCUCUGAAUCAAACCGCUGUGGUGAGAGGUGGAUUGGUGGUGACUUCAUUUCCGUGGACAAAGUGGUUGUCUGGAGUAAUGAGGGAAAAGGUUAUCUCUUUAAACUACCCACAAAUCUACUAAAAGGAAAGGCGGUGAACAGCACUAACCCUGAUAGCCCUGACUACCAUGCCCACUUUCAGCCUGCCUCACCACAGGCUUACUAUAUAUUGGAUACUUUGAAAGAACAGCCAUGUGUAUGCACUCCAGCUAUGGAAUUUCACAGGAGACGUAAAAAUAGAGAUGAGAACUACCUUUUACGUGGAAAUUCAGAGGGGCAGUUGGUGGUGUGGAUAGUUCCUGAGGUCUCGGACAGACAAAUGGUUCUUGUCAGACAGGAGAGUUUCCACAAACUUCCAACCCUGCCCCCAAAAGUUAAAACCUCAUUGCAGGAUUUGUGGGAGCAAAAUUUACAAACAUCUCCUGCUAUUUUAGAUCAACUGUGUCAUGAGGAGAAAGAAUUACAGAUCACAGCCACUAUCCACAUUCCAUCCCAAGGGUUAAUGGUGUGUGGACGUGAAGAUGGAAGCCUUAUUAUUGCUCCAGCAACAAAAUGUGUCAUCUUGCAGCUACUGCACAAAAAAGAAUUGACACCAGACAAAAUCAGUGUAAAGGUCGUGCCAGGGCAUGAUGGCCGAGUAACUUGUUUACUGUAUCCAUGCAAUGAAUCUACACGGUAUGAAAGUCAACAUUUAGUAUCAGGGGGAUCAGACUUCUCUGUAAUUCUUUGGGAUAUGUUUCAGGGAGUCAAGCUUCAUACAUUUACAGUUCAUGGAGGAGAGAUCACACAGCUGCUUGUACCACCCAACAAUUGCAAUCCACGAAUUCUCACUUCAAUAUGUUCAGUUGCUAGUGACCAUUCGGUUACUUUGCUGAGUUUGCGUGAAAGAAAGUGCAUCAUGUUGGCUGGUCGGCAUCUUUUCCCUGUACGUGUUAUUAAAUGGCGUCCCCUGGAUGAUUUUAUGGUCGUUGGAUGCACUGAUGGAACUGUAUAUGUUUGGCAGAUGGAAACUGGUCAUCUUGACCGGUGUGUUCAUGGCAUUACUGCUGAAGAGAUUCUUAAUAAUUGUGAUGAAAAUGCUGUUGCGGUGGAAGCCUUGACCAACCCAAGUAUUACACUGACACAAGCCCUUAAGCGUCGUAACCUUGCUACAUUCCGAAACCUGGCCCAGCAGAAACUCACACAAAAUCCUGUGCCCAAUCAGCAACCGAUUGCAUCCUUCGUACCAGAAACAAAAGCCGAGCUCAUCAAACCACAAGCUUCUCCAAUGCUUAUCCAGGGAGUCCGUACAAAUACCAACAACCCGGAUGCACAUAUCUUGUUUUUUGACACUGAGGCACUCAUUGUUCAACUUCUUACAGAAGAAUAUGCUUUGAUGACACCUGGUGAAUUGGAAGUCUUCAACACAGCAAGUCCUACAAUGGAACGAAUUCAUAGUGCCAUUCAGCCUGAGGUCAGUGAAGCAGCUGUUAAAAUUGCAGGGUUAAUUGCUAAAGUAAAAGACAAAGCGGAAAAUGUCGGGCAUAAAAUCCAAAACAAAGUAGAGACAACACAGUAUUCUCCGCAAUCAUCUCCAAAACAGAGCAUAAAGCCCUCACCAUCUCGAACGUCAAUAAAAUCCGAUAAACUUCGACCAAACAGCAUUCAUAUAAAAUCGAUUGACCUCACUAUGGAAACAGCCCAAUUGUUCAUGUCAUGCUUGCAUGCCUGGGGGUUGGAUCCAGAUCUGGACAAGCUGUGUCACAGCAAGCUUGGUUUACUCAAGCCGAAGCGACCCAUCUCGUUCGGUUUGUUCUCACGCAAUGGGCACAUGUCCCUGCUACUCCCAGGUGGGCACAAGAAGCAGUUUCGGUUGCAGAGGAACCUCUUGUUGCAAAAUAUCGAAAGCAAGAAGCCGACGCUCAUUGAACAGGUGCGGACGACAUCAAUGGAAGACCUUAUUACAUUUGAUAGCGAGCCUUCGACCCGACAAAAUAGCAGUGAGGAAGAAAUUAUCUCACCGAAUGAAGCUCCCCAAAAAGAGAUGCAAAGCACAGAAGAUGAAAUCCAUAUCUUUUCCACGAAGGCUCGCUGGCAAAUAUCACAGGCAAUCACCACUCAACAUUUGUUAAGUGUGAUCUCUGUGGCUAACACCUUGAUGAGUAUGAACUAUGCUUCAUUUAUUGACGGAAGUCAAUUAAAACGGAUAAAAAGGCGCAAAAAACAACAAAGCAGUAAUGCACCAACAUCUACAGAGAGUGAUGAAGAAGGUGAGAAAGCAUCAAUCCAACAAGCACAAAUCAAACAGGGGUGGAGCUUGUUGGCUGCACUCCACUGUGUCCUCCUCCCAGAGCUUGUGGGUUCUGGCAACUACCAAGCACCCCAGGUGGAAAUGUUGGCCAGACGAUGGCAAGAUAGGUGUCUGGAGAUCCGAGAAGCUGCCCAAGCAUUGUUGCUAGCAGAGCUUCGAAGAAUCGGCCCCGAGGGUCGAGAAGAUGAAGAAGAUGAGGAGGAGGACCACAUGCUUACAGGUGAACCUCCGGCAAAUAAAGUGUCCAGCAACUUUGAGUCCCGCCGCAAACAGGCCACUGCUAUAAUUAUGCUCGGGGUUGUUGGGGCUGAAUUUGGACAUGAAAUUGAACCCAGUAAAAGGAAGCCUGAAACAGAAUUGAAAAAAGCCCGACGAAGUGGUCAAGAGGGAUUUAGUCUAUCGAACUAUUCGUUAGCUCGACACACAAGUCAUGCAUUAACAUUCCUCUUAUCUCAGUCCCCAAGUCAGCGGCUGCCUGCUUAUUCUCCAAUUCGACGGGCAUCCAUUGAUUUGUUAGGGAGGGGGUUUACUGUGUGGGAACCGUACCUUGACGUAUCAGCUGUCUUGCUUGGCUUGUUGGAACUUUGUGUUGAUGCUGAUCGUUUAGUGCCCAACUUGACCUUUGGCCUUCCACUUAUUCCGUAUGCUGAUGCUAGCAGGACUGCUCGACAUUCAUUGUCCCUAAUUGCAACAGCUCGCCCACCAGCUUUUAUCAUCACUAUGGCCAAAGAAGUGGCCCGUUAUAACACCCUUGCCCAGAAUGCACAGUCCCAACAUCCACAACUUCUAAAUUCAGUUCUGGUGAGAGCAAAAGCAGAAAUUCUGCGUGUGAUAGAACUGUUGGUCGAUAAAAUGCCCAAUGAUGUUGCUGAGCUCUUAAUUGAGGUGAUGGAUGUUGUCGUUCAUUGUUUGGAUCUGAAUCAGCUAAAGAGUAAAGGACUACAAGAGGUGUUCCCGGCUAUUUGCAGAUUUGGCAUGGUGACAUACUGUAGUCAUAAUAAACGAAUCUGGGUUGGUGCAAAGAAUGGAACUUUAGCAUUCUAUGAGUUGAAACCUCACUCUAAGUGUACUACCAUCACUGCUCAUACUGGUCCUGUCAUAGCUGUAAUGGUAUCUCCAGAUGGCAAGCAUCUGGCUUCUUACUCCCAUGCUGACUGUAAACUUAAAUUUUGGCAGACAGCUUCAUCCAACAUCUUUGGCAUUGGCUCCCAACAAACCAAGUGUGUGAAACAACUCUCCACACCUCCGUGUCAUGUAACACCAAUGACCAACCUUUUGAAACUGGUCCGACUCGUGUGGCUUGACAAUCGAACUGUGGUUUUGUUAACUGUUGAUGGCACGGAGGCAAAAUAUACAAUAUGA